AGGCAUUUAAUAGCAGCCUUCAGCUACCUGAAGGGAGGUUCAAAAGAGGAUGGAGUUAGGCUGUUCUCAAUGGGGGAAGAUGACAGAACGAGGAGCAAUGGUCUCAAGUUGCAGCAAGGGAGGCUUAGGGCAACUAUGAAUGAGGAGCAGUUUGUGAACAUUGACCUGACGGAUGACAAUGUGUGCAGUGUGUGCAAGCUGGGCACGGAGCAGGAGACGCUCUCAUUUUGCCAUGUCUGUUUCGAGCUGAACAUCGAAGGUGUACCAAAGUCUAAUCUCCUACACACAAGAUCAUUAAGGGGGCACAGAGACUGCUUUGAGAAAUUCCACUUAAUAGCAAACCAGGAUUGCCCACGAUCAAAACUUUCCAAAAGUACCUAUGCAGAAGUAAAAAACAUCUUGAGCAAAAAAAUUAACCGGAUUAUACAGUAUGCACAAAACAAGGAUUUGGACUCUGAUUCUGAAAGCUCAAAAACAUCCCAGCACCAGCUUUUUAACUUCAGACAUCAGACAGACAGAAAACUGCUCCCACAGUUUGAUUCCCCAGUACCCAGGUACUCUGCAAAAUGUAUAGAUGGAAAUUCUGGGAGCAUUUCAAACUGUUCACAAAGUAUUUUUGAACCAAAAGAAUCCACUGAUUUCAGACUCGAUAUGUUGCAAAAAACUGGUGCUACGUUUCGCUGCAGUAGUGUUUUGUGGGCUAGUCACAACCAAGCACAGAAGACAGAAAAUGCUGAAAGUGACUUGGAUACCAGUGUUCAAAGAAGAUGUCCCCAUUAUAGCAGGGAAGAACUGAGUACGAUGACUCUUGGAGAGUUAGAGCAACUAAAUAAAAAGCUUCUCGAGCAAGUACAGGAUGUUUUUGAGGAGCUGACACACCAAGUUCAAGAAAAGGAUUCCUUAGCCUCCCAACUUAAUGUCCGUCACAUUGCUAUAGAGCAGCUGCUUAAGAACUGUUCCAAAUUGCCAUGUCUACAAGUGGGACGAGCAGGAAUGAAAUCCAGUGCCCCCAUAUAAAUGGAACAAGGCUUGAAUCUAUAGUAUUUUCCUUAACGGCUUUAUUCUCAAUAGCUGAACACAGCCUAACAGCUUUUUUAGAAGCUUUUGAGGAAACUUUGCUUUUUUUUUCUUUGUCUUCAGAAACCAAGAGAUAUUGUAUACUAUAAAUUUUGCUUGACAAAAAGCACGUUUUUUUGUUGUUGCGGCUUUUUUUGUUUUUUGUUUGUUUUAGAUUUAGAAACGUUAUUGAAGUUAGUUUUUGCUCACUUUGAAAGUAGAGUCCCCCCCAAUCCUUCCCCUCUCUUCCCUAUACGCAGCUGAAAAUGCCCCUUGAAGUGGAUUUCAUGUGUCUAUAAAAUAGCGUUUAGUUCAUUCUUACAAAGAAUGACCUGAUGCUUGUAAGUAUGGGGCAAAAUGCAAAGUUUAGGUCAUUAAAAAAUUAUGUCUGAGAAAGCUUUAAGGGGAGGAGCAGAAUUACUGAAAUUCGCCUCUUAUUUAUUAUGAGCAAUAUUUUAUUAUUGAAUUUUUAUACUAAAGAAAAAUUACUAUUUUAGGUACUUUUCCAGAUCUCUUUAUAAAAUGUCUGAAUGAUUUUGUGUAACGUUUAUGCCUUGUAUAUGAUUGUUUACCCUUUUUCAGGUCAGUAUCUUUUCAGGAUACAAUUUUUUUUAAAAAAAAGGUCUUGUUUCCCAAAGAGAUUUAUUUCGCAUUUUGAAAAAUGUGAGGGUGCGUAACUUUUUUCAUUUUUGAGUAAAUUUCUAAUUGAAAAAUUUAACUUCAUCAGGCAUGGAUUGUAUCUUGUAGAGUAAACUUAAGCACAGCACCUCCUUUUUCCCCCUGAAGUAUUCCAUUUCAGUUUUCAAUGUGUGGAAAGUGGAGUUGUUUUGUACAUGUGAAAAUAUUUUUCAAUGCUUAAUAAAAGUAUAUGGCUUCAGAAAAAAGAAAUAAACCCAUAAUACCUCAUUA